CAUGAAGGCAGUGACAACUGAAGAUAGAGAAAUGAGGAAAAAUAAGGAAGAAUAUUUAACUUUUAGUCCUCUUACAGUUGUAAUAUUUGUGAUCAUCUGCUGUGUUAUGAUGGUCUUGCUUUAUUUCUUCUACAAAUGGUUGGUUUAUGUCAUGAUAGCAAUUUUCUGCAUAGCAUCAGCAAUGAGUCUGUACAACUGUCUUGCUGCACUAAUUCGUAAGAUACCAUAUGGACAAUGCGUGAUUGUGUGUUGUGGCAAAAGCACUGAAGUGAGACUUAUUUUUCUCUCUGGACUAUGCAUAGCAAUAGCUAUUGUUUGGGCCAUUUUUCGAAAUGAAGAUAGGUGGGCUUGGAUUUUACAGGAUAUCUUGGGGAUUGCUUUCUGUCUGAAUUUAAUUAAAACACUGAAGUUACCCAACUUCAAGUCAUGUGUGAUACUUCUAGGCCUUCUCCUCCUCUAUGAUGUAUUUUUUGUUUUCAUAACACCAUUCAUCACAAAGAAUGGUGAAAGUAUCAUGGUUGAACUUGCAGCAGGACAUUUUGGAAAUAAUGAAAAGAAUGAUGGAAACUUGGUGGAAGCCACUGCUCAACCCUCAGCUCCCCAUGAGAAAUUGCCAGUAGUCAUCAGAGUACCAAAGCUGAUGUAUUUCUCAGUUAUGAGUGUAUGCCUCAUGCCUGUUUCAAUAUUGGGUUUUGGAGACAUUAUUGUACCAGGCCUGUUGAUAGCAUACUGUAGAAGAUUUGAUGUUCAAACCGGUUCUUCUUCUAUAUACUAUGUUUCCUCCACAAUUGCCUAUGCCAUUGGCAUGAUACUUACAUUUGUUGUUCUGGUGCUAAUGAAAAAGGGGCAGCCUGCUCUCCUCUAUUUAGUACCUUGCACACUUAUUACUGCCUCGGUUGUUGCUUGGAGACGUAAAGAAAUGAAAAGGUUUUGGAAAGGUAGCAGCUAUCAGAUGAUGGACCAUCUGGACUCUGCAACAAAUGAAGAAAACCCUGUGAUUGCUGGUGAACAGAUUGAUCAGCAAUGAUAUUAUGUGGACCUGCAAUAAUGUCAUUGAUUUUCUACAAAUAGAGUUUAACUUUUUAAAUCAAAUUUUGAAUUGACAAUCUGAAAGAAUCUUAAAUAAUAGCUUGCAAAUAUAUAUUUUUAUGAGUUGGUACUGACAAUUAUGUCAUAAAUAAUUAAAUUGCAUUUGCUUUUAAUUAUGUUAAAGGUGUGCCUUCACAUUAAAUAAAAGCAUAUGGUCUGUAGUUUCCAAGA